CGUCGACAUGCCUCCGCCCGGAAAAGCCACUGUGCAACAAAGGCGUCGUAGACGGCCGCUGAAUUUGAAGAAGUAUUCGAAAAGAGAGCGCGUGCAACAGCUCGAGGGUGUCCCGACAGAAACCGAAUGGAAUGCAAUGAAGCGCCUCGGAUCAUUCACUAUAGAUGUUCAGGAGAAGCUGGAUGAAGAGAAUUAUUAUGACACUGGUUCUUCGAGUGACCCAGAUGAUUCGGGUGACACCGACACGACGAGCAUUGUGACUACAGGAACUGGAACGAAGCUAAUAUCACGACCGGUCACAUUUUGCAAGGGCAACGAUGCGAGGCUCUUUUCGGUUGACGAUGAUACCGAAAAUGCGUGGAUUGGGAGAAUCCGGCAGAUUCGAAGGGAUCUCACUGAUGAUAAGGUCUGGGUGAAGGUCUACUGGUACUAUUCGGGAUUCGACAUUAAGCAGACCCUGCUGCGUAAAUUCAACCCUGCAGAUUUUUCUCCAUAUGAAAGAGCAGCCUCUGACGACUGUGACAUUGUCUCUGCACGCUCUUUCCUUGGAGUGGUCUAUGUACAUGACUAUGAUGAGCACAGACUGGAUCCCCCCGACAUAGAACCAGACACGUUCUUUACACGGACAUACAUUCAGCCUCAGAAGAAAAUCAUCGAGCCAAAACCUGGGACGGAGACAUGCCUGUGUAGACAGGCAUAUAUCCCGUAUCCUUGGCAAGGUUCUAGCAUUGCCUCGCCUAAGGAUGACGCUGCUCCAGACAGCAUGCACUUCUGCCCGCGGGAGAACUGCCGCACUUGGUACCACACAUCAUGUCUGAUGAAGUACGGAAGGGUUGAUGAUUUCAAUGUUACGUGUUAUGAAGGAGACCGUGGCGUGCGCCUCCUCGCUGUCAAUCCAGACAGUGACCUUGAUUGUGCAGUGCUAAGCAGUUUCUCAAGGCCGCACGACCUGGAUGACUCUACAAGCGAGACUUCAGAACUCAACCGCUCCCUGUCCGGCACACCUGCCACCACCUUCUCCACCCUCGCACCACCUCUCUCUCCUCUCUCCCUCUCGGAAAUUAUCGAGCAGAUGGCCGUGUCCUAUCGCAUCGCCCACCUUCCCUCCUCCCUUGUGCGUCUCGCGCAGAGCCCAAUUGUCCGCCGACCAGGCAUUCCGCCACCCGACUCGGGCUGGAGCGCAGUGGGGAACGUGAAGGAGGUCGUGCUUGCGCGGCGAUUCGUGUAUGCUGCGCUUGAGGGAUUCCAUCCUGAGAACGGCGAGCAUCCUGCCGGACAGAUGGAGGAGAGGAUGAGGGAUAUGGAAUCGCUGUUGGAGGCGAUGGAACGGGGUGAGAUAUGGGCAUUCGAUGGGGAGGCGGGGGAGCACGAAAGGGAGGAUAUGGAUGUUAUGAUGGAUGUGGACGGAGAGGGCGAGGAACACAUGAACGAAGAGCGUGAGGCUGGCAAUGGCAACAGUCACGCAAGCGGCAAUGCUGGAGCAGGAGCUAUUGUGGAUGACAAAGAGCGCCGACUUCAAAUUCUCGAGAAGCUAUGUGUAGAGCUCACGGAGACUAUUCUUCUGGCAUCCCCAUAUCAACCGUAUUGGGAGCGACGUGAGCAUGAGCUCGAGACAGAAAUGUGGAUGAACACCCCACCACUGGUAUGUCCAAAUUGCAGGGGUGCCAUCUAGAGUCAGGUGCAUAUGCUGGAUGGUAGCUGGGAACAUCUCUUUGGAUUCAUAGAUACCAUGCGAUAGUUGAGCAGGUUGUGGACGAGGUCCGCUUGCAUUGUGACUGUAUAUGCAUCAGUG